AUGCAGCAGUGGCCGGCAAGUAGGCCCCGAUGCUUGGGGGUUUCAGACGCUACCGUAGAGCCAGCUCUUCUGCGGAACUACGGCGAGUUCGACACCUUUGAGAGAAACCCAACCGUUUGGGAGGAUUCUCCGGCGGUGAAGAGCUCCUGUAUGUUCACCACGACCCUCGGUCAUCAUACGGUGGUGCCGUCUUGCCAACAUCAGCACUACUACGAGAACCUACAAGCUCCCGAGGCAUCAUACGUGAGCUCCCCUUCAUCUGCUCACCUGAAAUUCCCGGCCCACACCGCCACAGUUUCCAGCACUUUUACGGAUGCUCUUCUCGCGGAUGACCAACAAGAACGUGACAUCAUUCAGUCACCGGAGGCACCCCCCUACAGCACAUCUCCUUUAAUGGACGACGAAUCAGCCGUAGAACAUUCAGUGUCCACGUCCCUGAAAUCUGGCAGCUCGCGACCGAAGCGUCGCCCUUACUCCAAGUUCCAGCUCCUCCACUUGGAACGUGAGUUCGAACGGAGCAUGUACCCUUGCCGAGAGCGUCGAGCAUGGCUCUCCCAGGUCCUGACUCUAACGGAACGCCAGGUGAAGAUCUGGUUCCAGAAUCGCCGAACGAAGUUGAAACGCACUGUGGAACGGGAACAGCGAGAGAACGCACAGAUGCAGCGGGAUAUGGCCACACUGGCGAUGAAGUUCUACGACCCCGCCCAGUAA